AUGUCUGGGUCAAAUGUUUGGAGUCGUAGUCGAGAGAAAUUAAGAGUUUUCCCGGAACUUUUGGCGCAGUGUUCAGCAGAGGUAAGCACAUCCUAAACAGUCAGGAUCAUCAGGUUAUGACUAAGCAUUGUACAGUUUUAUGUAACAGAGAAACAUCUUGUAUCAUAUCAGUUUUCUCUCCAGCCUCAGUCCCCCUACAUCUCUGAAUAUCUCAGAAUUAAAGCAUUUCCCAUUAUUGGGUAUAGAAGGCUAUUUUUGUAGGGACAAAUUGGUCUUCUGUACAGUUUUAUUCAGUGGUUAUCAAUAUCCUUUCCCCAAACUACGGUCAUAAGGAGUUAUUAAACUGAACCAGCAGGGGGCGCAAUCAACACAAACAAAUAAGAGCCUAAAACAAGAGUGGAUAAACUCCUUUAGUUUCCAUGUUUUCCGUAUUUUAACUAAGCAUAUUGUAAAUUUCCACUUAUUAGAUAUUAAAAAUCCACAGUGUGUAAUUUUAGUUUUAUGUUGUUUCAUCUGCCAAGCUGUAGUUUGUAUAGCAGUUAUUCUUGUACAGUGGCUGAGAAACGCCACUGCUGCAAAUGAAAAAAAAAAGCAAAAAAAAAAGGAAGUCACAACAGAAGUUACUGAUGCAAAAAAAGAAACCAAAGCUGGCUGCAAAUGAUAAAAGAAAUGGUGCAGAUAUGAAAAAAAAAAAAAAAAAAGCCACAACGGAGGUUAACAGCGCAAUAAAAAGUGGCGAUGGAAAAAAAAAGUUACUUACCUAAAAUAAAAGGACGUAAAAAAGCCACAAUGGAAGUGAGCUGCAGGGGACCAAUUAUGAUGAUGCAUUGGUGUUUUACAAUCUAGGCACAGAAGACGACGGUGAGAAGACGAGCGAAGAAGUAAGUGGAAAAGUUAUUGUUUAAUUUCACUUCAUAAACUUUUCAGUGUGUCAUUUGGUUAGGCCAUGUUGCGCCUGAGUUGAUAUGAAAUUGAGCUGAAGCUAACACUACACCGGCAUCCUCUACUGCAACUUUCUAUCGACUCAGGCGCAACAUGGCCUAACCAAAUGACACGUUGAAAAGUACAUGAUGCGAAAUUAAACAGUAACCUUUCCAAUUACUUUUUGCUCGCCUUUUCGUUGUCAUCUCCUGUGCCUAGAUCGUAAAACACUGGUGCAUCAUCAUUAUUGAUCCCUGGCAGCUCACUUUUGUUGUGGCUUUUUUAUUUGUACCCUUUUAUUUUCACAGUACCUCUUUUUUUUUUUUUUUUUUUUUGCAUCGGUAACUUCCGUUGUGGCUUCUUUUUUUUUGGCAUUCUUUUUUAUUUGCAGCAGUGGCAGUUCUCGGCCACCGUACUCUUGAAGUGCCUCUGCUACUCAUUAAAAUUCCACUUAGAACAGCUGUUGCACAAAAUUGGCCAUAAACAUAAUAAAAGCAGAAGACCUUAAACAGCUAUUUUUGUAACAGUAUGAUGAGGUACCUCUACUAGAUAAACUCUGGCAGCCAAAACUGCUCUGUGACCAAAAAGUGACCAUCUACUGACCAAACUUAAACAAAAACAGCCAAAUAAAUGCGUAUUAGCUACUGCAGUGACCGAAAUAUACAGGAUACAGUUUAUUAAGGUCAGGCUUAAGUUGUCACUUUUAUAGUGCAGUAAGGGGUUGUAGAAUGAAGUUAACUCCCUAUUACAGGUGAUGUACAGUAUUUAUGUAUAAAGUCCCUAAACAUAUUGUACAAUUUAGGAUAAAAAAAUGAACUAUCCAUAUCAGGACUUAAUGUUAUGGAUGAUGGAAAAAUGAAACUAUGGUUUUAGAAAAAGCCGGAUUAAUCUUUAAAAAACAAAUGCUACAGGACAGACUGUCUAUGCAAAGCACUAUGGUAGAAGUGAGAGGAUCUGUGUAUAGAUGAAGUCAGUAUAGGAGUACAGUAGUGUAUAAAUGAGUCAUUUUAAAGUGUGAAUUUGAUUGAAACAAGUGGUAGUUAUAUUAGUUUUCCUUUUCUGUUGUCUUGUGUGUGAUUCAGGCAGCAGCAUAUGGUAAGUGUGUGGCUGCUACUACAUCAAGCAGCCAGGAACUGAAGAAAGACCUUUGUGCAAAGGAGUUUGAAGCACUGAAGACCUGCUUCGUAAAUGCAGUAAGUGACAGUUAGUAAUCCUGUUGUUUUCAUACUGUAGCCAUAAAUGUUUAAAAAAUUUUUUUUCAACAUUUGUUUCUGUUACAGGCCAAGAAAAAACCCAAAUGA